CUCCUCCAAUCACAGAAAUUUCCCUUCCCUUAUUAAUUUCUCAAAUCGCACAAUAAUAUUAACCAUAAUUUAUUAAUAAUUAUUUUAACUUUCUAGUAGAUUUAAGAUUUCUACUUAAACCAUUUCUUAAUUACAGUGAUUAUAUUUUUCUUCUUUUUUCUAAAUUUCCUAUGCUUAAAUGGAAUUUCAUUUUUCGCUUGAGUCACGGUGAGGAACAGUGCACAAAUUAUUUUUUAUAAGAAUUUAAAAAAAGAAGGAAAAAGAAAAGAAAAAGAAAAGAAAAGAAAAGGGUUGGGCUACCUUUCUGCAAUUUUCAGAGACCUUUCAACCUUUAGGUUGUUGUUGUAUGCAAGCCCUUUUUCGUUGGGGGCUGUGUGUGUGUGUGUGCGCCUCUCUUUUCUUUUGCUUCCUCUGCUAUACUAAAACCCUUUUCCAUAUCCCAUUCAUUUGUUGUCGAGAAAAAGCCAUGUCAGGUUUGUAUAAUCCCAACUUCUCAUCAGCAGCUAGAGCCGUCUCUCCCAGGAUUAGAAGCGCUCCAGAUGUUGACAGUCAGUACUUGUCGGAAUUGUUACAAGAGCAUCAGAAGCUGGGACCCUUCAUGCAGGUUCUUCCGAUAUGCAGCCGACUGUUGAAUCAAGAGAUUUUACGGGUUUCUGGGAUGUUGUCCAACCAAGGCUUUGGUGAUUUUGAUAGACUGCAGCACAGAAGCCCCAGUCCCAUGGCUUCUUCAAACCUCAUGUCAAAUGUUGCUGGAACAGGGUUCAGCAGCUGGAAUGGCCGUCACCAGGAGAGAUCGAGUGGAUCGCAUGGAAUGACAAUGGACUGGCAAGGUGCCCCUGCAAGUCCCAGCUCAUAUACUGUGAAGAGGAUUUUGCGCUUAGAAAUUCCUGUAGAUACUUAUCCAAAUUUCAAUUUUGUCGGGCGACUUCUGGGCCCUAGAGGCAAUUCCCUGAAACGUGUGGAAGCUUCUACAGGCUGUCGUGUAUACAUUAGAGGAAAAGGGUCAAUAAAAGACCCAGACAAGGAAGAGAAGCUAAGGGGAAGACCAGGCUAUGAGCACCUGAAUGAGCCACUUCACAUCUUGAUUGAGGCUGAUUUACCUGCCAAUGUUGUUGACUUAAGGCUGAGACAAGCGCAAGAAAUUAUUGAAGAAUUGCUCAAACCUGUGGAUGAGUCACAGGAUUAUGUUAAGAGACAACAGUUGCGCGAACUAGCUUUGCUAAAUUCAAAUUUCCGAGAAGAGAGUCCCGGGCCAAGUGGUAGUGUUUCUCCUUUUAAUUCUAGUGGAAUGAAACGUGCAAAAACGGGACGUUAAGAACCUGUAAUCCAUAUUCAUCCAUCUGAAAAGGUUUCUGCAGGUAUUCAUACCUGAAUUUACCUUUACACAGCUCAAUUCAAUGCAGCUACAAUUCAGUGCACCUCAGAAGAGUAGGCUAACAGUUUUUGCUGGUGAGCUUCUGGUGUUUUUCUUCCUUCUUAUUUUUGUCUUGUUUUGUUCCCUUUUUCUAAUGACAGAAAACCGAAAAAAAAAAAGAGGGAAAAAGAAAAAAAAAAAAAACUGAAAAAGGUAUUCUAUAGUUGUCUCGAGUUUAGCUUGUUGAUGCGGGUUUCUUCUUCUUGUAGACUUCGAUACAUUCAUUGGAUUUAUUCUUGUGUUAGUAAUUUCCAAGGGUGUGGAAUACAUAUAUUAUAUUGAUGGUGCAA